GAUAAAUUAUAUCAAAAUUUAUAUGUAUGUAUAUACAUUGAAAUUAGCAAUUUAAAGUUGAAGAAAAUCGAGAUUAAAAAAGUGACAAUAAAAGUGCCCAGCAACGUAUUUCAUUAACUGUCAAUUUAUCGCUAUUGAUUUCAAUAGAAUUCGAUAUGUUUUAAUUAAAAUUCGUGGUUGGAAAAAAUUUCUAUCUGCUGACUUUUCUGUCAAAUCAAAUGAGAAUUAUUCAGGAAUGAGGACACAUUGAUUUUCAUACCUAUGUUAUCUCGAAAUCUUCGAAAGUAUAUUUGCUCGAAGUUAAAAGCGAAUCAACCAUGGUAUACCCGUCGAAUCCACGGCUAAUGAAUCGGGUCCUGGAUGCCGUGGUGCAUCUAUGCGAUGGUAAAGGAUCCACAGCUCGAGAUGUCCUCGAUUAUCUUCGACAAACUUCCAAGAGUACGCCGAGGAACUUGACGAUGCAGGUUCAUCGGGCGUUGAAGCACGCGGUGAAUGCCGGUUUGUUGCGGCACAGAAGUGGUCGUUACAAGGCAGUGUUCACGUUAAAUCCAGCUCCGAUUAAACAGUCCGUGAACGAGAGUAACGAGCAAAAAUCGAUCAUUGAAAUGAACAUGCAGCAGAGACCAUCGAGCGUCAAAAUGAUUAAAGAGGACAACAACAGACGGAAGCGAAGAAAAUCACGUCAGGAAAGGAAACGAAAAAACAAUAAUCAAAGAAAACGAAAACAUCACAGUAGGUCGAAAAAAAUUGACGAGCUGAAGAAAAAUAUCAGCGAGAUACGAAAGCUCAAGUACAAAGAAAAUGGUGAAAGUGGUCGGUCACCGCGAAACAAAAUUUCGACUAGCAAAAUGAGAGAAAAUAUUGGAAACCCGUCAGGUUCGUCUGCUCGUAAAAAGAACGAGCUGAGACCAAGAGAUUCUAACAACUAUAGCGAUUUAUCAGACUCGAGCGACUAUGAGGAUAGGAAGGUUAAAGUGACAAGAAAAAAUAUGCCAACAAUGUGUGACGAAUACAAAUACGAAGGAAAUAUAAAACAGAAUAGAAGAUCGGUUUCGCGGAAUCGAAGCCCCCAAAGACAAAAAUCUCAGCAAUUGCACAAAUAUUUUAACGAUAUUAACAAGACAAAUAAACCAAAUACUGUUGAUGCUGAGAAAAACGAGGAGGCUCAAGAAGAAGGAAAAAACGAACCUAAUAACAGUGGAAGUGGUAGCACGUUGUGA